AUUCUACACGUGUGAGAUAAGAACAAAUUCAAAAAACCACGUCGCAUCAACGUUAUACCUCCAUCUGUACUUUCCAGCACAUUCCACAGCCUAAAACCCUUAAACCACUAUAUAAAAACACUCAUCAUCCAACGAAACUGAUCAAGAAAUUAUACAGUGAAUCAACAAAAUGAAGGCCAUAGACGACAAGAAAGACAAGGUGGUGAUCAGAGCAGUCUCACACGAUGAAGAAGGCAAAAAAAGAGUAGAAAAAACAGAGCUGGACACACACAACAUAGACACAAUCAAAUACGUGGAGAAGAAGUUGAUGGAUAAAGGAGUCCAUCGCAUGGAUCGCCACCCGGUUAAAGGGAAAGGUGUCGGUGGUAUUGGGAAACCGCCGCCGAAGUCCGGUCACGGUGGAAAAUAUACAUGGGAAGGUCCUGCUGAUGUGGUAGAUUAUGAGCUUGAAGCUGCACCGCCUGCUCUUGAUGAGAAGGAUCCAAAUUAUGUUGAUGAACCGGAGGAAGAGAAGUCUCGUUUAGAGGUUUAGUUUAUGAUGAUUGUGGUGGUGAUGAAGCUGUGUUGAUGUUUGAAUGUUUUUUAUUUUACUUUAAUAAGAUUAUUCAAUAAUUAGUUGUGCAUAAA